GUGGGAACGACACGCUCUCCAUCGCAGAACCAUCGAAACCAAAGACUCCCAGGGUACCCUGGAGGCAAGCAGGGUGCUUCUUGGCUUCGCGUGGUGCCUCCGCAGAACAAACAAGUCGCGCGACGAGCGGCGGAGCUGGCGCCCUUCGCCAGACGGCGCCGCGCCUCCGCGGCGGGCAUGCCAGCGCAACGCGGCGCACGGGCUCCGUGGGAGGGGGAUUCCCACGACAGAGGUUGCCCAAUCGGGUCCCUUUGUGACCAAGCUCAUCUACGGUAGGUUCGUGCGGCGUCGGCGCGCGCAAAGGUUUUUGACACCGAGUCGAUCGUUCAAUCUUGAAUCGAUCGCGGCCCCGAUUGUUCAAUGAGGUGCCGGGGAGGGGUUGCCCUCAAAAGAGCUUGGUGCGCCCCAUGGCCUACAGAGAGCUAUCCUCGCAACAUCGGGCUCCAAGUAUUUUUGGAUGCCCGGAUCCCAAUCUACUUUAGGCGCCUUCCUACUUCAAUGAUGGAGUGUUUUCCCCUCUUCCUUUCAGGGGGCUGGCGGAAGCUCAAUCUAUUUUCACCGCCUUACUUCAUGCUUCUACCCACUUGUUUCGACCGACGGGUAGUGCUGCCACCACCACCAUUAUGAUCCUAGGCUUCCCCCUACCACUUUGCCGUUCUUUCUUCCUGUGCCUCGAAGUCGGAUGGAUGAGGUGGGCAGCUGCAGCCGUAGGACGGUGGGUUGCUGGCAGCAGGCAGCAAAGUUUCCAGCAUGGACUACGACCUCAGCACCGGAACUCUUUUCACAGCGAUGAAGGAUGGCCUCACCCUGUGGGCGGUGAAGUCCUCCCACGUCGGCGCAUGGGGGCGACGCAUGGGUUCCAUCCCUGGCGUCGCCGGGGAGGCCCGGGGCCUGGCAUGGAUGCCAGGCUCGAAGGAGCUGGUCGCGGGCCUGCCCUCGGGGGCCGCGGUCGUGUUCGACGUCGAGGCCGGCGAGGCUAGUUACGCUUUCCAGGCGCACAGAGAAGAGAUCACGAGCAUCAUGUGGCUCGAGGAGUCCCGGCGUCUGAUCACGGCGUCGAAGGACAAGACGGUCAACGGAUCUGGGACUUCCCCCAAGCCGGCGGUUCCCAGCCGUCCACCCGGCCUCCUGACGGCCAGUUCGACAUCAGCUCGGCUCCAGGCGCUGCCGGCGGCGGCCCGAGGGCGCAGCAGGGCGGCGCGUCGUUCAGCGCCAGCUCCCUGUUCGGGAACCCUCGGUCAGGCUCGGGCGACCCUCUCGGCGCGAGCGGCGACGUGCGCGCCGCGCAGGGCUCGGUGGCGGGCAGAGCGCCGCCGGCCCCGCUGGGGGGCUACCCGGCCCCCGCGGCGGGCGCGGGCGCGGCGGCCAAGGCCGCUGCCCCGCCGGCGCCGCCCGGCCACGACUCGGACGACGACCUCGCCGGGUGGGACAGCUGACCCCCCCGCGGCGCCUGGCGCUCCGGUCGCGGCGGCGCGCCCGCCGCCGCCUCCUCGCGUGGAGGGUUUCUCCGAAGGGCUUAGGCGACCCGCCCUCCGCCUUCUCCUCCUCCUCCUCCGGUUGGGUUUCUUGUGCAAGGUUUCUUGUGGACUGGCCUCCAGUGUAAGGCCAGGAUCGGCGUGGGUGCACAGCCGGCACCCGCCUGCUGGGCGCCGGGCGGCACAUGCCGUUUGGUGCCGCGGCGCCGCCGCCCGGCAGCCGAGGGCCCGCGCGCACGUGCGCGGCUAGGCCUGUCUUUGCCCGUGCCGCCUCCUCCUCCUCCCCCUCCUCCUCCUCCUCCUCCUCCUCCUCCUCCUCCUCCUCCUCCUCCGGGAGCCGCAGGCAGGGCCUCCGGUGGCGCUUGGGGCAGACCAUGCGGCUCCACUCGAAGAAGAAAAAGCAGC